GUUAUUUUUGCGAAACGAGGGAAUUCCAAAAAGCUUCUUAAGAAGAUAUGGAAAGGAUCUCUCAGGUGUGGUGCUUCUCAAGGUUGCAGGUGGUUCCACCUGGCCUGUGAAACUAGAAAAGAAUGACAAUGGCAUGGUUUGGUUGUGCAAAGGGUGGCGAAAAUUCAUGGAGCAUUAUUCGAUCGAUCAUGGUCACCUCAUAGUCUUCAAGUAUGAAGGGGACUCCAUUUUCCGUGUGAUAAUAUUCGAUAAGAGUGCUUCGGAGAUUGAUUAUCCCUUGAGCAUCGAAACUGAUUUAUCGAGUCCCAAGGGCGAAUUCCUCUCGCAGAAAGAGCAAAAUAUCGUGGAAAUUGAAGAUUCAGAGGGUUUCGUGCCUUGUUCGUGGCCAAGUUCAAACAGCUCGUCACGAGAACUUGGAGUUCCAAGGCGUGUCACUGCUCUUGAAUUAGCCAGCGAAUUCAAAUCCGACCAUCCCUCUUUCAUAGUGGCGAUGCGGCCUACUUAUGUUCAGAGAUUUUUGAGCAUCCCUCAAGAAUUCUUCAGGAAACAUAUUCAAAAGGACAAGCAAAUCGCGACUCUUAGGUACUCAGACAGAUCUUGGCAGGUGAAGCUGAGGUGCUAUGAACACAGAAAUAUAGCAUGUCUCGCUACUGGUUGGCCCUCAUUCGUAAGAGAAACUGGUCUCUGUGUAAGAGAUGUCUGCGUGUUCGAGCUCAUUGAUAGGGAUGACAUUGUCUUGAGAGUCUCCAUUUUCAGCCGUGAUGGUCAGAUCCAAAUCGAACAGUCUCGAUGCCAAGAGACCUCUCUGGAGUCAGCUUCCCACACUUCUCCAUGUCUGAGCCCUGUCACUGCUCAUGAAAAAGCUUCCGAAUUUGAAUCAGAGUAUCCGUUUUGCAAUGUCGUGAUAUCACCAAGUCAUAUAAAUAGACAAAAUUUCACCAUUCCAUGGCCGUUCGUGAAGACAUACAUUCGAAAAAAACAUCAAAUGGUGAAUCUUGUUUAUUUGGGCCGAUCAUUUGAGGUGCAGCUCCGGGUCUAUCAGCGCUUCAACAUUGCAUCCUUGGGGAUCGGUUGGUCCGCGUUAGCAAGAGCAGCUUGCCUGCGCAUAGGAGAUAUCUGCGUGUUCGAGCUCAUCAAUAGGGACAAUAUCGUGUUCAGAGUCUCCAUCUUCAGUAGUGAAGAUAAAGAAGUGACUUGCAUCGAGUGAGAUCAACAACGGGAAGUGUCGCACUUUAGGCUGUUUCCGAUGCCGAGAGGAACUCGAGAAACAAAUUAGCUAACACCAGUUCAUGCUUCCUUUAUCUAUACUGUGAUUUAAUCAAUGAGGAAGUUCACUUCUGCUUGCUCGCAUAAAUACUAUUGUUUCCUGGUAACUGCAAAUCAGAUGAAAGUAAAUCUACUUGAAUCAGAACGUUCAUGAGAUCAGUCAUUGAUGGGGCUGGAAGAAAAACAGGGGAAGAAGAAUGAAAAGAAGAAAAGGCAGCUUGUGUGA